ACCGUCGGACAGCAGGAGCAGGGACCGUUCCGUUUGAAGGUCACUCUGCUCCUGGUUACAUAUUGUUCUCCUGCGGUCGCAGCCAGAGGCACCGGGAUCAGUGCAGGGGCAGUCUGGGGCCGGGGGUAGCAGGGGAGAGACUGACAUGGAGCCUGGGCAGGGGGCCACCCAGGAGACCGUCCCGCAAGCGAACAAGGGGGAGCUGAGCCCGGCCCCGAGGGAUGGUGGGGGCCGCAGGAGCCGCCGCUCCUGGGUACAGUGGCUCAUUCCCGUCGGCUUCAGGAAGGAGGCAUGGGAGCUGUGCGUCCUGGCCGGACCCCUGUUCCUGGUCCAGGUAUUGAUGUUCCUGAUCCACGUGGUGAGCACCAUAUUCUGCGGGCAUCUGGGCAAGGUGGAGCUGGCAGCAGUGACCCUCGCGGUGGCAUUCAUCAACGUCUGUGGCGUCUCCGUAGGAUUUGGCUUAUCCUCGGCCUGUGACACCCUCCUGUCCCAGACCUACGGGAGCAGCAACAAGAAGCUGGUGGGGGUCGUCCUGCAGAGGGGAAUCUUGAUCCUGCUGCUCUGCUGCUUCCCCUGCUGGGCCUUGUUCAUCAACACCGAGAGCAUCCUGCUGCUCCUCCGGCAAGACCCGCAGGUGUCCAGCCUGACUCAGAAGUACGUGAUGAUAUUUGUUCCUGCCCUUCCUGCGGUUUUCUUGUAUGGUUUACUGACGCGCUACCUGCAGAACCAGGAGAUCAUUUGGCCAGCAGUUUCCAGCGGCAUCUUCGGAAAUGUCAUCAAUGGGCUGGCAAACUAUCUCUUUCUCUACAUCCUGGACUGGGGGCUAGAGGGCUCCGCUUUUGCCAACACCGUUUCCCAGUAUGCUCAGGUCAUCUGCCUCUUCCUGUACAUUGUGGUGAGGAAGCUCCACUUGGAGACCUGGGGAGGCUGGUCCAGUGACUCCCUGCAGGAAUGGGGCCCCUUCUUCUCGCUGGCUGUCCCCAGCAUGCUCAUGAUGUGCAUCGAAUGGUGGGCCUAUGAGAUCGGGAGCUUCCUGAUAGGUCUGCUCAGUGUGGUGGAUCUUUCUGCUCAGUCCAUCAUCUACGAGGUGUCCACGAUAAUGUAUAUGCUGCCACUGGGGUUCAGCCUUGCGGUCUGCGUACGAGUAGGGAUGGCGCUAGGGGCUGGGAACCCAGAACAGGCGAAGAAAUCUUCCAUCACAUCUCUUCACUGCUCGGUGUUGCUUUUCCUGGUGAUGGGCUCAUUGCUGACUGCCUUCAAAGACAGGCUGGCGUAUAUCUUUACCAAUGAUGAAGAGGUCAGUGCACUCGUGGGCCGGGUCAUGCCCAUCUAUAUCGUCUUCAACCUGUUCGAGACGCUCUGUUGUGUCUGCGGUGGAGUGCUAAGAGGGAUCGGGAAGCAGGCCUUUGGGGCCAUCGUGAAUGCAGUCGGCUAUUAUGUCAUCGGCCUCCCCUUGGGAAUCGUGCUGAUCUUUGUUGUCAGAAUCGGAGUCAUAGGCCUCUGGCUGGGGAUGCUCACCUGUGCCAUCCUGGCCACCAUCACCUUCACUGCCUACAUCUCCAGGGUUGACUGGGAGCGGGCGGGCACAGAGGCCCAGCAGCGCGCCGGACUUGAACCUCAUCCCGUGGUGGGUGGGCCCCCCAGACUGGGCCCAAAGAAGGCAGUGCUGUCCUCAGUGGAGACCGGCAGCGUUCCCGGCAUCAUUUUGACUACAUAUUCCAUCUCCGGGAGCCGAGCCGAUCUCCUAGGGGCUCAGGAAGCAGCCUCCGCCCUUUCAAAAGUGCCCGGAGCCUUGUCUGUGAAGCAGCUGCUUGUCCGGCGCCUGUUGGCCAUGGUGCUGGCCUUCUCUUUGCUAAUGGUUGGUGUUGUGGCCAGGUUCCUGAUCCCGGCCCACUAGCUGGGCCUCUUUUCUGCUGGAAGCGGGACGAGAACGGAGCAGCGGCGGUCCCAACGGCAGCCCCCACACGGUCUCAUCCUAGCACAGCAGUGGUGGCACUGGACCACGCCAGCCCUGGAGAGGAUCCCGUUCCGAGGCCCCGCACGGCCACAACGGGAUGGACUGACUGGAUCGAAACCAUCGGUUUUCACAUGUGGACAGGGGGGCUUUGAAACCUUCAUUUGGCUGGAACUUUUUUGAGAGACUUCCAGGGUGAAAAGGUUCAAACAGAAAUUAGCUUGGACCCGCACUGUUUUGUUCACGACUUUAUGAUAAAUUAAACAAAAUGUACUGGUGACCUGUUUUCCCAGAAGCCUCUGCUCCCUCAAUGCAGCGUUGAGACAAGAGCCUGCCAGCCCUGCCUUCUCACAGGCCUGUUCUGAGUUGCCGUCAUGUUUUAGGACAACAACCCCUUCUACACAUCGGCCUUCAAAGGGAAGGGGAUUUGGAAUCCCAUUUGUUGUAAAUGAACAGUUCUUCGCACAAUCCACCCAAAGCACUCCUGCUUCUCAUGGGGUGCUCAGCGUGUCGGCGGCCCUGUCCAAGAAGACUGCUGCCAUCCCGGAACAGAGCAGCCCCCCGAGUGGACCGACCUCUUGGUUGAGCUGGACUUUUAAAACACCGACGUGCCUCCGUUUGAACCCAUUUUUGUUAAUUUUUGAGCCUGGACCUCCAGGUGCCAGCUAAUUUGAAUGCAGAGUUGGAAUGGAGGCCAGAGCCCUCUCCUCUUGGAGUGCAAUAGCAAGCCCAAGCUGGGGCCUUGUGAGCCCCACUGUGGAAUUACACAAGGUUGAACUCCAAGCGGAAAUUCCUCCAGGUACUUUUUCAGCUGCAGAAAAACAAGGUUACGUAAGGUCCUCGAAUUGCAUUGUGUGUCCUCCCGAACUCUUGGAUCGGGGCCUUGUUAUGUAAGGGGUUUUUGUGGCUUUGUUGAUUAAUGCUGCGGUAUUUGUCACGGGCUCAGCCAAUCUCCCUCUCUUCUCAGGGACCAACUGUCUGCCUCAGUUGAGGUGUCCAACAGGCCACCUGUGUAACCUUUAGCCAAAGAAAUAGCUGGCAUUUUAUAGUCUUGGAAGUUAGAAACCGGCUUUUGGUUCGAGAAGGGUCAACAUUAGAGUAAGGAAUCAAAACCAGCCGCCUCGAAAAUUGUGAUCUUCUGAUUUUACAAUUCACUUCCUUCACAGAAAUCCAGCCAGAGCUCAGAACGUCUGGCUCUUGGCCUGUUCGAUUGCUGGAAACUGGAGUGUUUAGACUUCACACCUCUUGCUUCAAGGCUUUUGUGUGCACAGCACUCAUUUCUGCCAAGCUCAAAAGCCCUGUAACGAGUUCGGAUCUUGCCUAGGUGGAGUGGGUCCUUUUCUAACCCUGUAUCAAGUGCCGUACAGUGACUUCUUUAACAGAGGGGGAAGAGGCCAGGGACGUUGGUUUCAUAAGCAGCUCUCAUGUAGAGAGAAAACUGGUAUUUACUGGUGGUGAUGUUUGGAAGAAUGAUGCAUUUUCACUUCUGAGGUAAUCGACCUAAUUGGGGUGAACAGCUGUGUUCUCAGGCCUGAAAGCAUGUCUGCUGCAGCUUUCAGACGGGGGGGGACGGGAUUGCUUUGACAAGAGGAGGAUGGAUAAAAUGCUGGGGCAUUGUCACUUACAUACCAGUCCAUUACCAGGUAAUGGUGAAAAGGAAGAAAAACCAACUGUGGCAGUUCUUACAACAUUUUAUUGUCCCCGACCCAAGCUUAGCCACUACUCCACCUCCCGCAAGUGGCCUCAACUUGGGACUUUCCAGGAUUGUGAUGCGGCUUUAAGCCCAACCCAUCACCAGGAAUGUGAUCAAUAGCGUUUGUCCAUUGAAUUAUUAAAAAUAAUAAUGAUGAUAAUA